UUCAAGAUGGCCGCUGACAACAGGAAGAGGAAGAGUUGUUUUACUUGUUCUUGUCACAAACAGCCACCUUUCUUUCUUUCUUUUUUUGCUAAGCUGACUUAGUGUUGUAGUUGGUUGGUGCUAAGAAUGAACUGUUGUUACCUCUUACACUCAAUCUGUUCACUUCAGGAGUCUCUGUCUCCACGGGACACCGCUGAUCCAUCACCUGACAUGAGGGGGACAGGAGGGACAAUGUCAAAGCCUCACCAUGGUCACUAAUGCAGAGGCGAAGAUUGAAAUAAAGCCACAGGCUGAAACACAAAUGGACCAGAAGCAGAGACGGUUGCCGAGGAAAUUGAUGGGGCGGAAAGGAUGCGGGGGAACCAGGAGCUAGUGCAGUGACAUCAGGUCAUGGAGGAAAUAAGAAAAAGAUGGAUGAAGCUGUUGGAACCAGCGUAUGUGUGAACCUUCAUACACUCCUGUGUGCCCGUAGCAUCUUGAUGCAAGAUGACACACAAAGUAACAGCACCGCAGACUCAGAUUUCAGCUCAACCAAUGAAGAUGGAUUCAGCAUUGGAGGCUCAGCAGGAGACUGCUGUGACAGAGACUGAGAGUCAGCAGAUCACCCAAGCACAGAUUGCUACCUUAGCACAGGUGCUUUCUGCAAAUAUUGCAGAAAAUUCUUUUUACGUAUCAACAGCGGCCCAUACAUCGGCAACAGGCCCCACUGUUACUCUGGUCCAACUUCCCAAUGGACAGACAGUUCAGGUCCAUGGUGUCAUACAGGCUGCACAACCGUCUGUCAUUCAGUCCCCACAUCUCCAGACUGUACAGAUUUCUACUAUAGCAGAAAGUGAGGAUUCACAGGAGUCAGUAGACAGUGUGACUGACUCUCAGAAACGCAGAGAAAUCCUGUCACGUCGCCCUUCAUACAGAAAAAUCCUUAAUGACCUUUCAUCUGACGCACCGGCUGUCUCUCGUAUUGAGGAGGAAAAGCUAGAGGAAGAUUCUUCGGUUGCAGUUUCCACCCCGGCCAUCACCACCGUUACUGUCCCUACACCCAUCUACCAGACCAGCAGCGGCCAAUACAUUGCAAUCACACAAGGUGGUGCUAUUCAACUGGCUAACAAUGGUACAGACGGGGUACAAGGCCUGCCAACAUUGACCAUGACCAAUGCGGCAGCUGCCCAGCCGGGAACCACUAUUCUCCAGUACGCACAGACCAGCGACGGCCAACAAAUAUUGGUGCCUAGCAAUCAGGUCGUUGUCCAAGGUGCCUCAGGUGAAGUCCAGGCCUAUCAGAUUAGAGCAGCGCCCACGAGCACCAUUACCCCUGGGGUUGUCAUGGCUUCUGCAGCUGCCCUCCCCACACAGGGUGCCACAGAGGAGGUCACUCGCAAAAGGGAGGUCCGCUUAAUGAAAAACAGAGAAGCAGCUCGUGAAUGUCGUAGGAAGAAGAAGGAGUAUGUUAAGUGUCUGGAAAACCGAGUGGCCGUGCUGGAGAACCAAAACAAAACUCUCAUUGAGGAGCUGAAAGCCCUAAAGGACCUUUACUGCCAUAAAUCUGAGUAAUUUGUAUCCUGCACACUGAAGUACAGUUUCAGUUUUAAUACUCUGACUGUUCAUAUUGCCUGUCAGGCCUUCCAGUUUACGUACAACUGGUCCUUUUUAACAGAGAUGUCCUUAAUUGAUCCUAGUUUCCGCCUUUUAAAACAUUUUCUUCUGUAGUCUGUUGCAUAGCAUCCCCAGUUUAAAAUGAGUUGAAUAGUUACAAUGUAAUGACAGUGUAAUAGCAGCCCUUGGAAGAGGAGAUGAUACCAAAGUGUCACAUCAUGAAAUAUUAGAUUCUGGUGCAAUAUCAUCAACAGGGUAAACUGAGGAUUUUCCACACAGCUUUUUUCAACAAAAAUGCAUCUUGUUGUCCUGAGUGUUUUUAGCACCAUGCUAGCAUAAAGCAGAAUUUGUCACCAUUGAUGUCUGUUCAGCAUGUGCCUGUCAGCAAAGCAACAACCAACAUCUCACUGCCUUUUGAGUGAAAACCCUGCUACUCGUCACCUCCAAGUUGAAUUUAAACUUUGUUCAAAUUUCUGAUAUUUCCGUACUGUACAUCAUCAAGGUGCUGUUUUGUUUACCUCUGAUAUGUUUUACACCAGGUAACGAUUUCAAGAACUGCUAGUGCAAGCAGUCACCAUUGUCAACAAUGCACCUCCACGUCUUCAGCAAUACAGCAGUGUUUAAAUAUGACUGGAUGAAGGCCUAGCUGAGUUGGAAAAACAGAAACUAAUAGAAAAUCUGUUCAGAGCUACUGUUGUCUCCAGUAGAGAAACUUUGUUGGGGAAACUGAAAGCAAUAAGGUGUUUGGUGUUAGUUUAGUGUGCUAAUCUAAUUAUUGAAAAUGUAAUGCUGGCCAGAAAUGUGGCCAGCUUGUAAAUUUAUAAAUCCUUAUACAUCCUGCAUGUGUAUAUAUGUGUAUGUGUGCGUGUAUAUAUAUAUAUAUAUAUAUAUAUAUUUAUACACACAUCUAUACAUACAUGCAUAUAUGUAAGCAAGAACAGGUUAUUACAAGUUGCUAAAUACAUUUGUCAAGGAAAACCUUUAAACCUUUUAUAGGAGACAGGGUUAAAGAAAAAUUAAUAAACACAAUUUUUCAAACAUACUAUCAUUAUUUAGGAAAAAUUUCCUUAACAUAGUUUUAAAAAAAAAUCUUUCUCAAAAUAUCCACGUUCAGAAAUCAUUUUUGAUUCGCGUCAAAACAAGAAUGCUAAUUUUGGAUUAGGGGUUAGAUUUAAAUAAAUUAAUUACUUACUUAUGCAAAGUAAAAAUAUAUAUCUCAUGAUUUAAUAAUUCCAACAUACAAGUAAUAUUUUUAGGAAUGCUGUGUAUUGAACAUAUCUCAAUGUGUCGUCUUUUGGGAGCUAAUAAUUUUGUAAAGGACAGAUUACAAAUUGCAUUAGAAGUUAUCUAAAGUAACAAUUCAUAUUUAAUUAUUGUUCAGCCAUCAUCUCCCCACUUUGUUAGAUGUGACAUAAAUGAACAUUUAAAUUCAAAUGUAAUUUUCCAGGGUUUUUCAAUGAUACAUCUCCAGGUUUUACAUUGGCUGUCAGUGGAACUAAGAUAUGGAAAACAACAAGCAGUGAGAUUAAGGAGCCAUAUUUUCAGUAUGUAGCAGAUCAGGUGCUUUGUGGAAUCUUCCGUAGAUAAAGGCUGUUAUCAGAGUCAAAACACUAAUAUUGAAAAUGUGCAUCCUGUUGAAAAGAGAUCACUUUGUGGGACCGUGUGUGUGCGCGUACUUUGAGAACGUCAGUGUAUGUAUUUGUCUGUUUUUUAUAGCACUGUAAAUGGAUCCUGCAGCAUGUGCAGACCUUACCUAUUUCUGUUUAUUUGAUAUGAAAAGGAAAUGUUCUUAUGGCUUGUAUGAAACCAUUUUGCAAAUUUGUAAGAUAUAUCAGUGUAUAAUAGAAGAUGAUGUAUAUGUGUAUGCAAUCCACCAGGCCUAACACUAUCAUGGCAGCUAAGUGUAUUGGACAAAAGGCCUUUGAUGGACAUGUAUUAUUUUUGGAGUGUACUGUUCUGUACUGUUGAGGAUUUUUAGUGUUUGUAAUGAAGAUCGAACCAUGGUCGACAACUGGAAUGGGUUGGCCACGUGUGUUUUUAAAAGAACAUUUAUUUUAACCUCUGUCCAGUCAUCAGAUGGAAGCACAUGCUCUUUUGUCUAGACCAAGAUUCCUGUAGUACAAUUUUCCAGAAUACUAAUCCAGUAUCAUACCCAGAUAGUAAAUGUUCAGAUAUAAGUUAAAAAUAUUUUCACCAGGCAUUAAGGUGCUUCUACCCAGUUGUUUUUUUCUUUUUGUAUUUUUUUUUUUUUUACCUAAUCAAUUCAUAGUCAUUCGUUAGCCUUUAGGAAAGUAUUCUAUGUUGUAGAGUGGGUAUGAAAAAAUAAAUGGUUAAAUUGGCUAAUGGUUAAAUUAAAAAAGAUCAAAUAGCACUUCAAGCAUCCCACCUACAGGAAUCUACAAUGAGUAUUAAUUAUUAAUAUUAUUAUAAUCAUAGUGUACAUUGGCAUGUACUUUAUUGCUAUAGUAUAGACCAGUGAGUCCCAACCACUGCUGCGGCACAUUGGUGUGCCAUGAGAGUUCGUCAGCUGUACUGUGGAAAAUUAUCCAGUUUUAUCUAAUAGGUCUGAAAACUAUCAUUUGUUUUUUACAAAUAAGUUGUCUUCAAUAGCCUUUGGGACAGUGACAAGUAGAACAAUUAAAUGCUCUUCCACUGGGUGGCAGCAAAUGGUUAUAAAAACUAAGAUAAAAAAAGAGGCUUUUAAAGAUGUGUGUAGAUGUCUUCACUUCCUGCAAGAAUAUUUGUGUUUGAUCAAUUAAACAGGCACUAGUUAUAAACUAGUAAGUA